GUGCAAGCGUUGUAAGCAGUUUUUAGAAUAUCUAAUGAAGUGCUGCGUUAUAAAUUGCCCAAAUUCAUCAUGGGCAGAAGGUGGCAGAGGAGGAAGAAAUAUACAUUUUUUCGCUUUUACAAAAGACCCGACAUUGCAAAGGAUCUGGAAGCAACGAAGAUCAUUAAUAACAUAAAUAACAAUAUGAGGAUCACAGACGUAACAGAGGGAAACCAGGAAAACGCUGAUGUAGAUGACAUUUGGGAAGAAAUUGAAAUUCAGGAUGGAGAAGACAAAUUGACACCAUUGCAAAAUAUAGCGCUCCAAAACGCUGCAGGAAAGGUGGCAGUCUUACUGCGUAAGAAAAUAAAAUGUGAAUCUUGUCUUCCUUACGUAUUGCAAGACAAUUCCGCGAGAGGAUAUCCUUUUGGUGAGAAUGAAGAAGGAGACAAUAUUCAAAAUGUGGAGGUCUUCCCUACACAUUUUAUCCUAGACAUCUGCAAAAUUACGGAGCUAUACCUCAGGAAGCUCAUUGAAACAGCAGAAACUACCACAGAGAGUGAGGAAGAAAAUGGGCCAUUGAAGCCACUAAAAAUAAAAUUGCCUACAAUGGUGAAUUAUGUGAUAAACUCAAUGCAAAACUACGCAUAUCAAAAUGAUCUUAUGCAUUUUUGCAACUACAUUGGACAUUUCACCAACUUUAUCACUGUCACAGUCGCAAUUUUUGCUAAGGUUCGUUCCUGCCAAAUUUUGCGAAAUUUCAACGACAAAAAAUCUCUCCGGCAAUUCCGCCACCGAAUUAUACAUUUUGAAAAUCAGUGAAGUUCCGGCAACUCAUCUUGGCAGUUCAACUAUUUUCACACCUUUACUCUCACAUCUUCUGCAAUAUCACAGCAUCCCACAGGGCUACAGGGACUAAUGAAAAUUAGUAAUGAAAUGAAAGUGGUUGCGAAUAAUCAUGUGGACUAGCAGCUUCUACGUUUCAUCGAUCUUUCCCUUUGCAUCAUCUUCUGAGAUUGCUGAUGACGGAUUAAGGGAUACGCAAACUUUGAGCAAACAAUUUGGAAAUCAGCUUUCUACACAUGAAGAUUACCUACAUUUUUUUCUAAAGUUAUUUGGAUCCAAUAAAUUCACAAUGAAUAAUCAUCAAUUUCUCCUGAAAUUGCAAUAGAACUGCAAAUCUCUCCAAGAUUUUUAAAUGAACCAAUUUCU